AUGUCGUGGCAACCGAAACUUCGCCCCAAGGGCUUUCCUCAUACCAUCGAUGACUUUGCCGUGGCCUCGCUGUCGGAGCUGGAACACCGUUCGAGGACGGGAGAGGAUAAGCGGGACCAACGCGUCUUCCGGGUCAAGCGAAAGCAUGUCCUCAAGGCAUGCGAUCGUUGUCGCGUGAAGAAGACAAAGUGUGACGGGAAACAGCCUUGCAACCGCUGCUCGGUAUACAACCACCCGUGUCUUUUCCGUGAAAGGAAAGCAACUCAAACCAAGGUCUACUCUCGAGGGUUCGUCGAGAUGCUUGAAUCACAUCAUUCUUUGGUCGUCAAAGCCCUGCAGAAGCUAUAUAAAUUCUGCAUCAACAAUGAAGGGUUCCCGGGCGAGCCACUCGCAGACGCGCCAGAUGGCUACCCUCUGACCCAUGCAAUCCUCGAUCGCUUAGGACUCAUCAAGCAAGCCGAGGAAAACGCAGAUGAGCCAGACGAGGAUACAGAGGACUUGAGAUAUCUACGGCUAUUGUCCACAUCAACGGAGUGCAGUGCUACUGCAGAGCCAUCUCCCGAGCCUACAACUCCCCCAGAGCCCUCGCCAACAACGAUUUCACGGCCGUCCGUCUGCAACUCAGUUCCUACUCCUAUCACAGGACGAAGCAAUAUUGGAUGGCAGCUGCAAUGGGAUCUGCAGUCUGUGCCCUCGGCGAACUACAAUUACACCGACACCGGAUACCAGGACAUGGUGUCGAUUCCGCGGUCCUCAAUACCCGGGACAGAGCUAGGCGCCAGUGAUAUCCCACCUCACGUCCGUGUCGGAGCUUCAUCCUCUGCCCCUACGGCUCAUUCUCAUGAUCACACGUUUGGCUAUUUCCUCGAUGCAGCUUGCAACUCGGCAGAUGGUCAGCCCGAUGUCAAACCUGCGGUUAGACUACAUUCCGGGAUCAUGCCUGAGACACACACUCAACAAAUGAGUAACCUGUCCAGUGACAUGUUGAGCGACUUCCAGUACCAGGCCCAGGACUCGGGCUUCUAUCCUGGGUUUGCGUCAGGGUGGGCAUUCCCUUCUGGCAAGAUGGACGAGUACUGA